AAACAGAUGCUUUAGAAGAAAAAUUAAGAGGUUGUUGGACCAAAGAAUGCGUUCAAACAGCGGGUCAGAUAUUAUCUCUGAUGGAUUCAGAGUCGGAUGCAUGCUCCAACUUUUACGACUUCACCUGCGGUCAGUACGGCAGAGCUCCUGGACAGACAGAAUCAGUGGACAAAAGCUCUGCGGACGUCGUCUAUUUUUCAGCAAAAAGACUCUUAGAAUCUAGAGAAAAUAAUGGAGUACAAAGUCUGGACUCUGUGAAGGCUCUCUAUUCCGCUUGCAUGGAGUUCGGCUUUCUGAAAGACGGCCAAAGUCCUGAAGAGUUGGUGAGACGCUUACUGGCCACCUUCCAGAUAGGCAAAUGGCCGUUGAUCGAGAACUUCUUCGAAGAUGAGCCUCCUUUGACUUUGGAGCAGAGACUCACCGCUCUCGCGUUGGUGGAUGUUCCGGUGGCAUUCCGGAUGGAGGUGGUGCCGGAUAAUCAAGUUCCCGGAUCGUAUCUCGUCAAGUUGUCCCCAGGCGGUCCGCGGGAAUCUAUGCGCACUCCCGAAGACAUUCGAAGCGAUGUUCUUCUUCGUGACGGUAUGAGAAUCCAGUUCAUCCGAUUGGGGUCGUCUGAAGCAAAGGUGGGUUCCGAAGUAGAAGACAUUGUGGGCAUGGACGCCUAUUUCGCGCAGGUGGAACAGGAUACGGAUGUCGACUGCAACACCCUGGACCUUAUUCCACCAGCAGAUGUGGUAGGAGAGUUGCAGAGACUCAUUCCUGAGGCAGAUUGGAAGAGCAUCAUUUCAAUAAUUCAGGAAGCCGCUGGGCUGGUUCGCCCUUUCGCUGUCGAGCUGCACUGCCGAGCAAAGAUCAGAGACUACAUUGUGCACCUGGAUGGACUACCGUUCAGGAGUCUAUACAAUUACCUCGGAUGGCGAUUUUUCUCUAAAUUCUCCCACUACAUGGGGCCUGAUUUUAUGCAGCCUCGCUCGGAAAAAGGGUACGGCGUCGUGCCCAGGUGGAGAAGUUGCUUGGCGCUGAUCGAAAAGUUCGCAGGUCCGGCCCUGGCUGAUGCUCUCACAGCUCAACAAGAAGAGAAAAUCCACGCAAAAGCCAAUGAAAUUGUGAAUGCUACUUUGUCUACCACGGAGAGGCUGCUGUCAGGAGCAAGGUGGCUUUCAUCUUCGGAAAAGUCCAGGAUAUUGCAAAAGGUUGUAUAA